AAUCCACGAUUUUUGAGCCAGAUUUUGUAUUCUGUGCGCGGGCUGGACUGGUAGGAAAUAUCGGGAAAUUUUCCGCGGUGCCGCCCGAUAUCCUAUAUUUCUCCGAAAUAUCCGCGCUAUUUCCCGAUUUUUCAAUCCCUGUGUAUACCACAGUGCUCAAAAGCGGUCUCGCUCUCUCUAUCAAAAAUCCUGCCCUUUCCAUUGCACCGUGAAUCUCUUUCCCACACUGUCGCCGGCGCCGAUCUCUGUCAUCAUCUUCGGUGAGGAAUUUAAUGAAUCUUUGAGACAUUAUCAACCAGUGCUCAGUUGGACAUACAUCAAAGCUAGGGUCUCUUGUCCUUUUUGAGGUUGACAUUUGUUCUGUUUACAAUGGACAUGGACUGGUCAGAACCGAAGCCCGAAAGAAGUGAUGAACUUAGAGAUCGAGAUGACUCUCCAACAAGAGACUACCACGAUGGAGCGUAUGAUGAUUUGGAGGAAACUGGCAUUGAAAAAUCAAGCAAGCAUCGGAGCAAGGAUAGGAAAAAGAGCCGAAGAGAAGAGAAGGAUCAUAGAGGUAAAGACCGAGAACGAUCCAAAGCUGGUGAUGGUUUGAAGGAGAGAGAGAAAGAGACUAAAGAUUUGGAAAAAGAUCGGGUAACAAGUAGAGAACGAAGGAAGGAAGAUAGAGAUGAACGUGAGAAGGAUAGGAAUAGGGACAAAGUAAGGGAGAAGGAUUAUGAUAGGGAGAAAUAUAGAGAUAAAGAGCGUGAAAGGGAUAAAGAUCGGAAAGAUCGAGGAAAGGAAAAGGAGCGUGAGAGAGAGAGAGAGGUGGAUAAGGAGAGCGACCGAGGGCGAGAUAAAGAGAGAGGAAAAGAGAAGAAUAGGGAUAGGGAUAAAGAAAGGGAAAAAGAAAGGGACAGGGCAAAGGACAGAGACAGGGAAAAGGAGAAGGAGAAAAGUAAAGAUAGAGAAAAAGAGAGGGAAAAUGACAAGGACAGAGACAGGGAUGCAAUUGACAAAGAGAAGGGAAAAGAGAGAAUAAGGGAUAAGGAGAGGGAGGCAGACCAAGAUAGGGAUAGGUAUAAGGAUAGAGACAAAGGGAGUCGGAAGAAUCGUGACGAAGGUCAUGAUAGAAGCAAGGAUGGGGGGAAGGAUGAUAGAUUGAAAUUAGAUGGUGGAGAUAAUAGGGAUAGGGAUGUAACCAAGCAAGGGAGGGGCUCUCAUCAUGAUGAGGAUGACAGUAGGGCAAUUGAGCAUGAGAAAAAUGCUGAGGGUGCUUCAGGACCACAGUCUUCAACAGCAGGGCUCCAGGAACGCAUUUUGAGAAUGAAAGAAGAAAGAGUAAAGAGACAAUCUGAAGGCAGUUCUGAGGUCUUGGCAUGGGUUAAUAGGAGCCGCAAGGUUGAGGAACAGAGGAAUGCUGAAAAGGAGAAAGCCUUGCAGCUUUCAAAGAUUUUUGAGGAGCAGGACAAUAUUGAUCAAGGAGAAAGUGAUGAUGAGAAGCCAAUCCGGCAUAGUUCGCAAGAUCUAGCAGGGGUUAAAGUUCUUCACGGCCUUGACAAAGUAAUUGACGGUGGGGCAGUUGUCUUGACACUCAAAGAUCAGGACAUACUUGCUAAUGGUGACAUUAAUGAAGAUGUUGAUAUGCUUGAAAAUGUGGAGAUUGGAGAGCAGAAGCGACGUGAUGAGGCUUACAAGGCUGCCAAAAAGAAAACAGGGAUUUAUGAAGAUAAGUUUAAUGAUGAACCUGGUUCAGAAAAGAAAAUACUUCCACAGUAUGAUGAUCCUGUUACAGAUGAGGGGCUAGCUCUGGAUGCAAGUGGGCGCUUCACUGGUGAAGCAGAGAAGAAACUGGAAGAGCUCCGUAGAAGACUCCAGGGUGUUUCCACAAACAACCGCUUUGAAGAUCUUAAUUCAUAUGGGAAAAACUCCUCAGAUUACUAUACUCAUGAAGAAAUGCUCCAAUUUAAAAAGCCUAAAAAGAAAAAAUCCUUGAGGAAAAAAGAGAAGCUAAAUAUUGAUGCCCUUGAAGCAGAAGCAGUCUCUGCAGGGUUGGGUGUUGGGGAUCUUGGCUCUAGGAAUGAUGGGAAGAGGCAGUCCAUCAGAGAGGAGCAAGAAAGGUCUGAGGCUGAAAUGAGAAAUAGUGCAUACCAGUUAGCAUAUGCAAAAGCGGAUGAGGCAUCUAAAGCACUCCGACUGGAUCAAACUCUUCCUGUUCAAUUGGAGGAAAAUGAAAAUCAAGUUUUUGGAGAGGAUGAUGAAGAGCUUCAAAAAUCAUUGCAAAGAGCAAGGAAAUUAGUACUUCAAAAGCAAGAUGAGGCAGCAACCUCUGGUCCUCAGGCAAUUGCACUUCUUGCCUCCACUACUACCAGCGGUCAGAAUGUGGACAAUCAAAACCCCAUUUCCGGAGAAUCACAAGAAAGCAGAGUUGUAUUCACAGAGAUGGAAGAAUUUGUUUGGGGUCUUCAGCUUGAGGACGAAGCCCAUAAGCCUGAUGGUGAAGAUGUUUUCAUGGAUGAAGAUGAAGCACCAAAAGCUUCUGAUCAAGAAAGGAAGGAUGAGGCUGGUGGUUGGACAGAGGUAAAAGAUACUGAUAAAGAUGAACUUCCUGUUAAUGAGAACAAAGAGGAGAUGGUCCCUGAUGACACUAUUCAUGAAAUGGCAGUUGGGAAAGGAUUAUCAGGUGCACUUCAGCUGCUUAAAGAGCGAGGAACACUUAAAGAAGGUAUUGAAUGGGGUGGGAGAAACAUGGACAAGAAAAAGAGCAAGCUUGUGGGCAUCUAUGAUAACACUGGAACCAAGGAAAUACGUAUUGAGAGGACAGAUGAGUUUGGGCGGAUUAUGACCCCCAAGGAAGCCUUUCGGAUGAUUUCUCAUAAAUUUCAUGGGAAAGGGCCCGGCAAAAUGAAGCAAGAAAAGCGCAUGAAGCAAUACCAGGAAGAAUUGAAGUUGAAGCAAAUGAAGAAUUCAGACACCCCAUCACAGUCUGUUGAGCGGAUGAGGGAAGCUCAAGCUCGGUUGAAGACACCCUAUCUUGUUCUUAGUGGGCAUGUUAAACCAGGCCAAACUAGUGAUCCCAGAAGUGGUUUUGCUACAGUUGAGAAGGAUGUCCCUGGGAGCUUAACACCCAUGCUUGGCGAUAGAAAGGUUGAGCAUUUCUUGGGGAUAAAACGCAAGGCUGAACCAAGCAACAUGGGCCCACCAAAGAGACCAAAAACCUGAAGUUGCAUCCGCCGCAUUACAGGAGUUGAUAGAAGUGGCUGUGAGCUCUGAGGCAUUCUGUCUUGAAGAGAGAUUGGCUGCUGCUAGCAUUCUUAACAGUUCAACUUUGCCCUUAAACUGCAGUGAGUGAUUGGACAGUGCAAGUGGCUGAUCUUGUUUCUUCUGGGAGCACACUGACCAUAUUUUUCUGCCAUUUGUCCCUCUAAAGAAAGUCCAUAGUGGACAAGACUAUGGCUUUAUAUUUUUUAUAACUGUAUUUGGGUCUUGGAGAAAAUUGAAGAUAAGCUAUAGAGCUUAUUCUAUAAAUGCAAUGCAAAAGUCAGGAGUUGCAAGUUUGUCUGAACCUAGAUAAGUCGGUGAUUUUUAGCAUGGUAGAUAAGGUCACAGCUGGUAAAUUUUAUGAAUUAAUCUUACAAAAUGGUAUGUUGAUGUAAGUACAUCCUGAUACAAUUUUUCAGGACGAACAGAAGUGUUUGCUUAUAUUGGCCAAAGCAAUUGUUCAACCGGGAUUCUAGAAACUGGAUUGAGUGCUUUUAACCAUCUCUUAUAGGCUUAUAGAAGGAACUAUGAUAGAUGCUUGCACGAUCAUGGGGUCACACGCUAACAGUUUAAAAUAAUUUGAGUGAUAUCAGCCAGCAUUUUUAGCUGCAGUUUUACCCGAA